AUGGCGGAGACCAGGGAGGUGCUGCGCAUGUACCGACGUAUCCUCAAGCUGGCGCAACGCUACCCAAGCAUCAAGCGCGAGUCGAUUAUUCGUGACAUUAAGACAGAAUUCCAUGCUAACAAAGACCUCACAGACGCGCAGAAGAUCCGUGAAGAGCUGGCGUCAGUACGCGCAGGAAUUACAGAACUGUCCAUGUAUGCCAGUCUGCAUCCAUCGCUGCCCAACUGGAGCGUCGAGGUCGGGCGGGAUGCGAUUCAUCCACCGCCGAUGCAUGGAGGUGUAAAGACAAAGGUUGUCAGUGCUGAUAAGAAGGAGUGA